ACCGUAGCUAACUUGUGUAAUGUAACGUUUGAUGCUCUGAUAAUUGUUGUGAAUAAUUUGUUUAGAAUCCUAAGUUAAUGACACUGUGUAAUAAAAAUGAGUGCCAGGAGUAGAAGACUCGUUAGAAUGGCCACGAAAGACAAGGAUGGAAACCAUAAACACGAGCAGGAGUACGAACAACGCCAGGCUUCAGAUCUCGACGAGUCACAAGAACGUAUAGCUGAUCAGAUGCAGCAGAUAUUUAAUGAUAAUAUUUUUCUCGAUGAUAGCACGCCAGAGUCGGAGCAAGAGCUACCACGGACUAAAAUAACAUUGCCUGCAAGGCGAAUCUCGGAAACGACAUCAGAGUCAGAGUCGUCAUUAUUCGGCGGCGACUUUUCUGAUAACGAUCCUACGUACCAUCCAGACGAAGAGGACCAGCAGCGGUCUCCUGGCAACCACAGCGAUGAUGAUGGUGGUUUAAUUACGUUGCAGGACUUAUUAGGCCCCAAUGCUAAGGAAAACAUUGAAUCUUUUACUAUAUCACCAGAGCCAGACACCAUUCACCAAUAUGAAGAGAUAAAUAAUGACACAGUCUCUGACAUUGCUACUCUAAUAUUAUCAGAUGUGUUAGAGUUGGUUUGGGCAGAAGUGAAAACAUUAAGCCGUUGGCGAACUGCCGAUCCGAGCAAUUGGAAAAAAAAUGUCGCAAAAAAGAGACGUGCGGAAGGGUUGUCGUAUACAACUAAUAACCAAAUAAGAGCCCCCAAAGUCCCUAAGACAGUUGAUUGUACAAAAUGCUUAUUCAAAUGUACAGAUACAUUCACCGAACAAGACCGAGCGAAAAUUUGUAGAACCUACUGGCAUUUGGACUUUGUAAGCAAAAAAAACUUUAUACUGGCUCGUAUUACAGUCCAGCCACCAAAGAAAAUCCUGGUAGAGAGAAAACGACCAGCUAGACCUUACACUACAAAGUGUUAUUUUGAUUUAGGCACAGAGAAGCGACAAGUUUGUCAGAAAUUCUUUUGCUCUGCUUUAGGCAUCUCACGUGCAACACUCAGUGCGCUGUUAAAAACCGAGAUGAACUUGGAUUUUACUCCGGUGCUGAUGGACGAGGACAUCAUGUUCCGCCAAAUAAAACUCCCCCAGAAAAGGUGCAAGAAGUACUUGACCACAUUUCUUCCUUUCCUACAAUGGAGGGACAUUAUAUUCGUAAAAAAUCUAAACGUAAAUAUUUGGAAAGCACACUUUCAAUUGGAAAAACAUUUUUAAGAAUGCUAGAUCGAAAGGAGUGUACAAUGUUGGCAAAAAAAAGGUAAAAAAAGAUCCUUAUAAUGUUAAAGAAUUUAAAUACAACGAGUUUUACGACCUAAAACGUCUAGCUGAAGCUAUAUUGAAAAAUAAAAGCAAGGACUGCAAUGGGAAUAAAGUCCUCUGGCUAAAGAUCAAAAAAAUGAAAUACGUCAAAGGCGACUCAAAAAUAUACUUCAACUACGACUCAUCUGAAGAUUAUUUGAACUUUGAUACCAAGGCGACGGCGACCCCCCAAUCUGGCUCUCGGUACAGGACAAGGAACCAAAACAAGUCGAAUCCUGGCUCUGUGGAACCACCUCCGACUCCUGAAGCAUUUCUUAGUCACGGUUUAAAAAAAAUGUACGAUAAACCCUUGACGAUCUCUGCAGCAAAGAAAAAGGAUUUACUCAGUCUUUGCGAUAAAGGCGUCAUUCCUGAAGAGUAUCAUGGUUGGUUUCGCUCGCUUAACUGUGACAAUGAUGUUAUUGACCGAGUUCCGGAUGUUGCAGCAUCAGAAUCCAGCAGUGAUGAAGACGAUUGUUAACUUUCUAGCAUUUUUGAUGAAUAAAUAACCAUAAUACGUUGAUAAAAUUUCAGUUUUUUCAUUUCAAAUACCAACAAAUUGUAACUAAGUGCUAACAACUACUUUCUUUAGUGAAAACACUGAAAUCAGU